AUGCGCUCACUUCUCAUUCUAAUCAAACUCCUCCUUCUUGCGUUCAGUUUGCCCUCCGACCUUAUCGGCCAAGCUGUGGGUGACGAUGCAGGCUUGAGGGAGGAGAUGGAAUCGCGCUACGUACUUGGCACCCUAGAGAACCUCGCCGAUGCCAAGGAUGUGCGCGACAGCCGGAUGGAAGAUGAAGGCAAGGAGUUUGACACAACAGACGUUGUCCUAAUGCCAGCCAAAUGGCGUGAUUUUGUUGGUAAAGGGUUGUCAGACUCCGUGUCAACAUAA